CUAUUGCGAAUAUUCCGACGCCAUGGCCGGCCGGUUUAUAUUUCUUUUUUAUUCCCCUGCACAACAUGUCGCAGAUAAAACGUGGAGCAUUUAUUGUCUUGGAAGGAUGUGAUCGCUGUGGAAAAUCUACCCAAUCACGGAAAUUGGUAGAAUACUUGGAGAGCUGUUCGAUACCAGUCAAAUAUAUGGCAUUUCCGGAACGUACAUCCGACAUUGGACAGGUCAUCAAUGCGUAUAUAAAAAACAAGCAGGAAUUGAAUGAUGAAACCAUUCAUCUACUCUUCACAGCCAAUCGCUGGGAACAUAAAAAUCAUAUCUUGAAUUUAUUAAAUUCUGGCACAACCCUGGUGGUAGAUCGUUAUGCAUAUAGCGGUUUGGCCUAUAGUGUGGCCAAAGGAAUGUCCAAGCAAUGGUGCAUGUCACCAGAAAGUGGACUACCGCGACCAGAUGUGGUUUUCUAUUUAAAAACGAACGUUGCCACUCUGCAGAAUCGUGGGCAAUUCGGUGAGGAGCGUUAUGAAACGGAAGAUUUUCAAACUAAAGUUGCCCGCUGCUUUGAAGAUAUCUAUGAAAUGGAAAAGAGCUAUUGGCAAUUAAUAGAUGCCAGUCAAUCGCAGGAUACCAUACAUGAUUCGCUGCGUCAGAAAGUCCUUGAGGUUUUAAAAGAAGUGGAAAAUACGGAAGUAAAUGUAUUAGAUUGGCUGAAGGACUGAUUAUGGGUUAUCGGUUGCCGGCCGUUGUACAUUCCCGCCAUCAAUGGUGGCAUGCAUAUGCUGAUUAAAGUCAAUUACAGAAAGCAAAAUAUUGUUGAUACAUAUGUAGACUUUUAAUUAUUGGGUAUUGGGGUACUAUGGAUAGAAAUAAGGAAUGGCUUUCAUUGUUUUCCUCAGCUCUCCUUGUCCAUAGGUUUGCAGGGGACGAAUCCUUUGAUCUAUUAGUGUAUCGAGGACCAAUAUUAAUUUUACAGGGUUAUGAAUAAAAUUUCAAUAAAACCCAAAGAGAAUUGUAUGUGUCUUCCCCCAUUGAGGUCAUAAUUUCUUCUCAUUGACGGUCAGUAGAAUAUUUCCUCACUCAGUAUUCUACUGACCACCAAUGAGAAGAUAUUCGUCUUCUGUAGGAUGACACAUGAAUUGUUGCUUCAGAAAGCCCUUGAGGUUUUAAAAGAAGUGGAAAAUACUAAA